GUCUCAUUCGUGUCGCGGUGCUUCAACUAGUCGAUGUUUUGUUGCGCAGGUAGAUAUCAGCCCUAAUCUUCGAGAUUGGACGUAUUGGUGCGUCUGCUUUACUCGAGACACGAAUAUCAUUCUUUUCCUCUAACCGCUACAAUCUCCAGACGAUAGUCAAAAUGAUCAAGAUGCAAGGAUUGUCGUUGAGUAGCAUGAAAAAGCACCCAGCUCUGAUCCCGUUAUACGUUUGUAUAGCAUGUGGAGGAGCUCUUGCGGCGUUUUAUACGUUGCGUCUAGCUACCCGCAGUCCUGAUGUCUCUUGGUUCAAUAAGAAGGAAGCCGAGCCUUGGAACGAUUACUCGACCAAACAAUACAAAUUUUUAUCGCCAGUCAGGGAUUACAGCAAAGAGAAGAGCCCGGCACCUGAGUAUUGAAUUGCACUAUGUGAACUAGUAUCGUUAUAGGAAUGAAUUGUUAUAAUUCUUUUGAAUAGUAAUUAUAAGCCACUCACUUGAAAUUAUUCAUAUAACUAACAAACUGACAACACAGUAGUCUUAAACUGUUUGAAAAGAAAGAUAUUGUAUUUACUUUUAAAUAUAUAUGAUGUAAUUUUGAGUGAAAGAUUAAUAUUAAAUAAAAGAAUUAUCUAUAUAUA